UCAGAGGUCUACAAUGUCCAAGAGGCCCCGGACCUUCAAGCUGCGGACGCUGCACAGCCAGGACAAAUACGGGGUGGCGGGAAAGAACUGCCAGGAAGUGUUGCAGAAAGGAUGUCAGAAAUUCCAGCUUUCAAUUUCUGGCUGCCGCCUGUGUUUGUAUGAAGAUGGCACUGAACUCACAGAAGACUACUUUCAGGGUCUCCCUGAUAACACCGAACUCAUGCUUCUGACCCCUGGGCAGACCUGGCAGGGCUAUAUCAGUGACAUCCAUCGCUUUCUCACCAUAUUCUACAAGCCACAGGCAGAUGUCAUUCAAGCGGCUCAGAAACUGCUCUCUGAUGAGCGGGCUCCCUUGAGGCAGAAGCUUCUUGCCGACUUUCUUCACAACGUUAAUGAAAACAUCCAGGCAGAAAGCCGAGAGGAGGAUGGGCCGUGGUUUGAAGGUUUGGAGUCCCGAUUCAGGAACAAGUCUAGCUAUUUGAGGUACAGCUGUGAGAGCCGCAUCCGGAGUUAUCUGAAAGAGGUGAGUGCCUAUGCGUCUACCCUCGAUCCCAAGCCUCGAGCAGAGUAUCUGAAAAUCAUUGACCGUAUGUAUGAGAAACUGAAAUCGGUACACUACAAUGGCAGUUACUUUGAUAGGAAAGACAAAGGGAAAGAGCGUCUUUGUACAUCAGAAGGAUGGUUCUCUUGUCAGGGUCCUUUCGAUUUGGAUGCUUGUUUGUCUACACACUCCAUCAACCCCUACAGCAACCGAGAAAGUCGAAUUCUCUUCAGUACAUGGAACCUAGAUCACAAAAUUGAAAAGAAACGCACCAUCGUGCCCACCUUGGCUGAAGCUAUUGCUGAGCAAAACGGGAGAGAAGUAGACUGGGAAUAUUUCUAUAGCCUGCUUUUUACCUCCAGUAACCUCAAAUUGGUGCAUAUUGCCUGCCAUAAGAAAAGUUGUCAUAACCUCAGCUGUGAUGAAACCAGGAUUUAUAAAUCCAAGAAGCAGGUUGUCAGGAAACGUGCUGUCCGCCGACGUCGCUGACCUUUCUCCCAUUGCUUUCCUAGGUUUUAGAGGCAGAAGGGGACUUGGAGAACACUUGCUCCAUUCCCCUUGUCUUACAGAAGAAGAAACAGGUUCAAAGAGGGGAAGGAGCAAGUAUUUAUUAAGUGCCUACUGUGUGCCAUUCUCUGUCCUAGUGCUGGGGAUGGAUACAAAGACAAAAAUGAAAUAUUUUCUGCCCUCAGUGAGCUUGCAUUUAUCAGAAGAAACACUACAUGUACAUAAAAUGAUGUAAAAAAUAAAUUUCUGUUUGGGGAGGAAGGAUUAAUAGCAGGGGACAUGAGCAAAGUCUUCCUGUAGGAGAUGGCAAAUGAAGGGCUUAGAGCUGAAGCUAGGGAUUCCGAAGGAUGGUGGUAAGGAAAGUACAGUCUAGGCCCAGGGGACAAUCAGUGGAAAGUCAGGCAGUCUACCUCAUCUGCUGGUGCCUUAGUGCAGGACUUCUAUAAAGGUGCUACUUUCUGCCUAUCUGUCUAAUUCCAAGGAUAAAAAUGUGUAUUGUGCCCAAUUCUCUGUGACCCAAUUUGGGUUUUCUAGGCAAAGAUGCUAAAAUGGUUUCCUCUUUUUACACAUGAGGAAACUG